AUGCCGUCAUUCGACCAGCGGCCCGAAUCGCCCAAGAAGGGUAGAAUCAUCAAGUCAGCAUAUGACAGUGAGAGCUUUGAAUCAGAUGGUUCCAUUCAUGUUGAGGGCCUGGUCGGAUCGGCCACCAUUUCUCCAUCAGGUCGCGACAUUGCGCUCGCAUCACCGGAGGGAUUGGCAAUCAUUGACUUGGAUUCUCCGUACAAUCCGCCACGGCGACUGAAAAGUCAUGGACUCCCUUGGCUUGUUUGUGAUGUCCAGUGGUCACCUUUUGCAGCUCGAGACUACUGGGUUGUAUCAACGGCCAACCACCGCGCCCUAGUAUGGAAUCUCAACUUGAGGGAAGAUUCCAAUACAGGUGCUAUAGAGCACUCUCUGCAGGGGCAUAGUCGUGCCAUCACUGAUGUCAACUUUUCCGCUCAUCACCCAGAUAUGCUAGCUACAUGCUCUGUUGAUGGAUAUGUCCAUUGGUGGGAUCUUCGACGGCCUAGACAACCUGUUCUCACCUUUUGUGACUGGUUUGCUGGCGCAACGCAAGUGAAAUUCAAUCGCCAGGACCCUCACAUUCUCGCUUCGGCCCAUGACCGGUUCCUCCAUAUUUGGGACGACCGAAAAGCAUCCGAACCCAUCAAGUCCAUCAGCGCACAUACGUCCAAGAUCUAUGGAAUUGACUGGAAUCGUAUCCGAAGCACUGGAAUCGUAACGUGCUCCUUGGAUAAGACAAUCAGAUUUUGGGACUACGGAAAGGAUGGCGACGAGUUGGAACAUGUCAUCCGUACCGACUUUCCCGUCUGGAGAGCCCGUCACACUCCAUUUGGAUGGGGUCUGUUAGCCAUGCCGCAAAACGAACCGGGUGAUUUGUACUUGUAUGACAGACUGUGGGGAGAAGACUCUCCCGUGGAGGUUGCCCCAAACCCCGUGGCCGUCUUCCCAGGUCACGGAGAUCACAAAGCCAAGGAAUUCCUUUGGAGAACUCGAGGAGGUGUUUCAGAGGACAACAUGGACAACCGCGAAUUUCAGUUAGUUUCAUGGGGCACUGAUAAUGAAGUGAGAUUACACUGCGUGGAUGCCAGCGUAUUUUCCGCUGUUGGUCAUGUUAAAGGCGGCCCAGCGAGGAAGGGUCUCAACCUUACAAGACAAGGUGCAGCGUACAAGACUUUCCGCACGAUCGAUGACAGCGCGAGUCGCGACCGCAAGGCUGGCACCAUGAGCGACCACAGAACUAGUACCAGUCUCGGACAGUACAAACAAGGAGGCGCCUCCUCGGGUGGGCGGCCUGGCUUGAAUCGUCACCUUCGACCGGCAUGGCGGGGACCGUCAAUGAAGGCCAAGGUAGACUCAGGCAAGCAUGUCGACAGGAGUCAGGCUCAACUUGGGUGGAUGAAGGGUAUUACCAUGACCAAACGGAAGCCUUCCACUGACGGUUAUAGGCGUCAUGCGUCCAAGGAUCACGGAAUUCUCGGUCACCAUUACCCGGAUGACGAAUGGGGUCAACCAGACACCAUUCAAGAAGAACUUCUUCGUAUCAGCACCCAGAUACCAAAGGUCAAGUGGGAAAAUAUCGACAUGGAUAACUUGACAUUGAAUGCCUCUUUGACAGGGCCAUGGGGUGUCGACGGCGAGUCCAUCUUUGUCAAAGUGAAAAUUGACAUCCCUCCCGAGUACCCCAAGCUUAAAGCACCCAAAUUCUUCAUAGAGAAGACGUCCUUCAUGCCUGAAGACACCCACAAGAAGAUAACGAGAGAAAUUCAUCAACUGGCUGAACAGUUUCUGCAACGAAAGCAAAAUUGUCUAGAAGUCACAUUCACCUAUUUACUCGGCGAAGUCGAUCUGGAGUCCAGUACUACCUUCUUUAAGAAUGUUCGAGACUUGGACGAUGAUCUCGAUGGCCUUGCAGAUGAGAGUUCUAGCGAAGAAGACGAGGACAUCCCUGCUGGGGGGUCUGCCUCCAUGUCUCAAGAGUUGCCCCACGCAGACGCAGACACGCGCUUGCCACGAUGCCCAACCGUAACAUCAUUCCACCUCCGCCGCGUACCUGUGGCGCCCGAUUCUCUCCAGAUGGGCGGCUUCAAAGAGCGUUCGAAAGGAGAGCCAUUCUUUGCGGGCUUCGGUCGACUCACCUAUGAGUUGCCGUCUAAGCAAAAGUAUGCAAUGGAUGAAGCAUCUGCCACAGACGACCAAUCAGACGAAUCUGACAGCGAAAUGUCUUCGUCAUCCUCAAGCGGCUCUGAGUCAACCUCUAUGCAUAAGAUGAAUUUGUGGUACAGCUCAAGCAGACAACUCCGAAAGACUUGGAGCGAAGACCGGUCUGUGAGAUCGAGUGGAGGUGGCACUGGCGCAGGAACUGGAACAGGCACAGGGACUAGUCGUCGUCGAUAUGGCCGACCGCGAAACUUGAUUUCAAUACGCGACUUCCGAGCCGAUCUUCCAUCGAAGAGAGAAUUUGCAGAGGAAUAUGCCAUCUUUGGCGACGGGGCUGACGUCUGUGAACACAACGCCCUGGUCGCGGAGAAGUACGGUCACACCGAACUAGUAGAUGUGUGGCGGUACCUGGCACUGUUGCUUACCAAGGGCAUUCCCCUUGAAGUCUUGGGACGAGACGGCAACGAAGCGUCGAUUUUGGUAAUUGCCAGAGACACCGUCUCCAAGCAUUGGAAGAAUUCUAAUUCACAUGUCGAAUCAUCUUCAACUAAUGAAAGUGGCUUGGUUGGCAGAGUCAAAUGGGGACAACAUCCCCUUGCUAAGGAAUUCAUAAUGGACCUCUUUGAUCAUUUUGAGAAACUUGCAGAUAUUCAAAUGCUAGCUAUGCUAUCAUGCGUCUUCAACGAGCCUUACACCGACGAUGGUGUAGCUUAUGUGGAGUCCCAUCUUCCUAAGCAAGAGACGCCAUUACCCUUAAAGGCACCCUCGUUCUCUUUGGAUUAUUUCCCAACAGAUGCCUCUUGCUGGAAAUGGAAUAUUCACAGCCGAAGUCAUACGAACUCAGCGGCCACCACCCCCGGAACACUCCACACUCCUGUUCACUAUCCUGGCUCUCAUGCCUCUGAUGAGUUCCUUUGGAGCGGCGAUGCGGGGACCAACUCAUAUUCCUGUGGUGAAACACCUCCUAUGAAGAGCAAGACAUUCCUCGGCGACAAUGACCCGCCACCACCACCAAUAUCUAGGUCACCUACCAGUCGUGGCAUUUUACGAGGGAACACCGGUCUUGCUUCAGCUUUUACCGCAACUCUUCCAAAAUCCUUUGGUGGAGGUGGAUCCUCAUCACCACCAAAUCAAGGCAGAAAGAGACCUAGCCCUGCUGAAUAUAUUAUGAGCAGUCUCGUGCCAACUGCUACCAACUCGGGCACUUCUACACAGGGACCUGCAAACGCUUCUGGCGAGUCUGGUGUAGCUAGAACCUCAAUGUCCGACGAGGAUUACCGGCGAGACGACUUCUUACCACUGGUUCCCAUUUCAGUCAACAUUAUUCAAGCUGAUCAGUCGAUAUUUGACGACGAUGGAUGGUUGAAUACGCCAUUGUUGGACUCUAGUCGAUCUGGUAUAUAUGCAAGAUACCGAUACGCCUAUGCAGAGAUGCUACAAUUGUGGGAUCAGCCUCUAGCGCGGCUGGAGGUCAUGAAGUUCAACAUCCUUCGCGAUGACUCGGCAAUUGUAAUAACUGAUGGGAGCUUUCACGAGUCAGCAACGCUGCGAGAUGGUGCAAGCGGUACUGUAGGCCACCAUAAGACUGGCUCAUCCCCCAUCGUAAUGGGCAAGAAGGACCAACUUCAAAACCUCAUCGCCUCGGGCCGCGGUCUAGAUGUAACAGGAAUCUGCCGCACCCAUGAGACACAACUUGAGCCGGCACGCUAUACCUCCUCUCAUAACAGCGUGGGAGGAGCAGUUGGAACAUGUGACAGGUGUCGCCGCACGCAGAUGCAGCUCCGAUGCGUAUAUUGCCUGGAACCUGUUGACGCCCUGUUUCCACCUUGCCUCUCGUGCGGAUGUGCGAGUCACGAAGCUUGUCUCGCCGAAUGGCAUGCUGCGGGAGAAACCCUCUGCCCGGCAGGAGAUGAGUGUAAUUGCGUGGAAGAAGCGAAUAAUGGACAAGUCGAAUCCUGGGCGGCACUUCGCGGUGCAAUGCUCAAAGGCCGGGAAAAGCCAACCAAGCCUCCUAUGCUUCCGCCUGCAGCCAUGGAAGUCAGUGACGACGAAAAAUUUGCACGGGGAAGAAACGACUGGGAGCGAGUUGAGCUUAAUGUUCCUAGCCGAGAGCAAGGUGGACUGACAGUGCCAUUAUCACCUGCAGCAUUGAGUUUUGGAAGAUUGAAGAAGGCGGGAACCUGGUCACGAAACUCCAGUUUACGGGGUCCUGGUCGAAGAGGAUAA